AUUGACGUUUUCAUUGAUAUUGCUAGUCUUUUUUUCAAAAAAAAACGACACCAAUUAUUAUCAAAAGUCGUUAUACUACUCUUAAAAGAUAAUCUACCUAACUAUGUUUAAUAUGGUUAUCACGCCUAUUUGGUGGAGUUUAACAACACCCGCAGCGAAAGCUUUAUAUUUUAUAACGUAUUUUUAAUUCUAAACAUAGCAAAAAUUUAUUCUUUUGCUUAGACACAUUACUGUAUGUUCUUCUCAAAUAAAAAAAGUAUCCUACUGAUAACAAUUUACCAAUGAAUAAAGACCGGGAAACCUUUAAAAUAAGCCUGGACACAACACUCAUAAAGAAAUUUAGACAUAACAUCGAUGUAAAAUCUCAGCAUAACAAAAAGAUUAAAAGUUGUAUAGACUGAUUUAAAGUGGUACUAGUUUAUGAUGUAGUUGGACCUCCCUUCUUUUUAAAAUAUUUCUUCCCCUUUUAUUAUAACGGACGUAUUUUUUAGUUUUUCUUUAAUACAUAAAUAUCAAUAAAAAAAUAAGUACAAAAUAACGGAGGUUUGUAAUGAUUUUGAUUUUUGAAUUGAGUAGCAUUGUGUAGCAUAGACGUAAACGUGCGCUAAUACAUUAAACAAUUAAACUUUUAUUUGUGUUAAAAUAUGGCUGCGUCUUUUAAGAGAUACCAGAUUGCAAGCAUAGUGUUUUUAUGUUAUGUUGUUAAAGAAGGUUGCCAAAGCUGGUUAGACGUCGUUCGAACAUUUCCUUUGGAUGCUAAAGAAAUUGAAUAUAUUUUUAAAACACGCCAAAAAGGAUCAUUUAUAAAUAACUUCGACAGAAUAAAUAAUACUUUAAUAAAGCAGACUUGCUAUAAAGAUAGACAAUGCUCUGAAAUGCAGUUUUGUAGCAGACAUAAAAAAAACUGCGUUAACUGUCGCAAAACAGCUGAAAAAUGUAAUCGAAACAAAAUGUGUUGUCGAGGAUACGAGUGUAUCAACAGCCAAUGUAAAAAAAAAAGAGAACUUUCAAAAUUUGAAUCAAUUUGUAAUAAAGAUCGCGAUUGUGAAUACGGUUUAUGCUGCAUUAAACAAGCAGGACAUUCAGUUUGCAAAGAAAUGCAAAAAGACGGUGAUUUGUGUACUAUAAAUGGUGACCUUAAACAUAUGACAAACCAGUGUCCAUGUAUAAAUGGCUUCAUUUGCAAACCGUUAAAUUCAACUUUUAUUGAAAACAUUUUUUCUGAAAAACGCCUAAGCAUAUUUGGACGUUGUACAAAGAUCUUCUAAAAGUAUCGGCAAAUAGGAUGAUACAAUACGUGACCAUUAUGAAAAUUACCAAGCUAAAUUUUCAUAUAAAUACAUGAUUUCGAUCAAUUAUGUUGUCUCUACAUCUCCAACAUCUCCGACCUCGCAAAUAAAUUUAAUUUAUUCUUAAAACAACUAACCAUGAUAUAAUCUAUUUUUAGUGCUAUCAGCAAAUUUUUAAAACAUAUAUAACAAGUUGUUAUAAAUUAAACUUUUUAUAAAUAUAAAUCUAUUAUAAUAUAAAACAG